AUGGAUCGUCUCCGUAGUAUGUUCAGCGGUAGAUCCUCCUCCGAGUCCCCCCAGCUAGGUGAUGACCGAACAGCCGAGGCACCACCGGCAACCCUCCAGCCGCCGGCAACCAUCCAAUCCUACCCACCUGGCCGGACAGCCAUGCGACGCACUUACGCUAUCACUGAUGUCAACCGCCAGGACGCCCAAGCAGAAUUUACGCGACGACGAACGGCCGCCCGUCAACGACGCACUGAAGGGGACGAGGCCCUGGAUUUCACAGAGGAUGUCAGGGCGCCAGCGCGUGACACAGACCCUGCCGUGGUACGAUUAUCACGGGCUAGAAUGGAACGCGCGUUGCUAGAAGUCGAAGAGACCCGACGUCGACUUGAUUUGGCCGAGCAUCGCCGCCAAGAACAGCCAACAGUUCCUCAACAAGCCACGCAGGCGAGGAUUCCGGUCACGGCCUUCACUCUAGGCCUACAACAGUGGCAGCAACAAGGGCAGGGACUGGAUCGACGCCUCGAUCCCCAACCUGAUGGUGGAUUGAUGUUCCACGCAUCAUAUCGUCCGCAGACGCUCCCAGCUCAGCUCGAGUGCAUCGUCUGUGAAGAAUCAUUCCCGCGCGGGGAGUUGCGACGUUUUCCGCUCUGCAAUCAUUUACACUGCAAAGACUGCCUCCGCAGAAAUGCUCAUAUCGCCCUCGACUCCAAACCUUUCGCUCCUGCAAAAUGCUGUGAGGUAAUCCCCAAGGAGGUGUUCGGUACCAUGGGCAUCUUCACACCCGACCAACUCAAGCAGUACGAGAACAAGAUGGAAGAACUGACGAACCCUCACCACAAAGUAUACUGCUGGGGUGAGGACUGCGGAGCUUUCAUACCUGCUGCGAGCCAGAAGAAACGCAUAGGGGUCUGCGAGCAAUGCAACAAGAAGACUUGCAAGGCGUGUCGGCAGAAGUCUCACUUCGGUGCUUGCGACAAGGCGAAGCUUCAGGAGACCCGUGCGAGCGAGGAUGAGGUGUACAAGCUUGCCGAGUCCAAGGGCUGGAAGCGAUGCCCCAAUUGCCUCAACCUCGUACAGAAACAUGGGGGCUGUGAUCACAUGAUGUGA